GACCCAUUUUAACCUUUCUCUAUGUGAGUCGCCCGCCAUUUUCCCCUGCCUCACCCUAGAACCCCAAUUCGCCAUUGCGCCGCCAGCUGCCGUCAUGUCGUUCCCUGUCUUGUGUUAUCCUAUCCUCUCCUCCUCGCGCUUCAUCUCUCGCGGCCUAGGCUAGCAGGAAAGGCUUUUUUUUUUGCUGUCGGCGCUGCCGGGAAACCGCGCUUAUUCCAUCCCGUCAUCCCGUCGCGAGCUUGCUCUAGUACCAAUGACAAAUUCUCGUCAACAUUCCCCCCCCCCCCCUGGGCGUUUCCCUCAGCCAACAACAACCGGUCUUAACUGGGAUCGAAGCUGAUACUAACCCAUGCCGUCUCGUCUCUCUAUGUAGUCACCCUCCCCUCCUGGCGUCAUCUAAAUGCCCACCAUCUACUCGUCCUUGUACCAGAACUUCAUCCGCCAAGGAUUCGCCAAAUCCUUCACCCACGGCUAUGCGCAGUCCGUCGUAGCUGCCACCCACCCCCAUGUUCUGAACUCGCAGAACCGUCCGUCGUUCGCUCGACGUAGCAGUCAGCGCGUCGGACGCCUCAGCAGUCUCCAGCUCCAGAGUGCCUUCCACAACUCCUCGAACCCCGUUGUUCAGCAUGAGCUCCGCCACGAUCGGCAUGCCGGCAACGGGAGCUUGGACGCCUACUUUGAGGCCCUGAGGAAGCAGCAGGAUGCUGGCGAAGUCGAGAAGGAGUGGACUCAGUUUCAAUUCCUCAAGUCCAUCGAAUGGCGACCGAACGCCGCCUCCAUUCUCGAGGGCCCCGAGUCCAUGACCCCGGCCCCCGAGGUGGACGAAGCCGCCGUGGCCGCCCAAGAUGGUGCCGAGGAUGCGCCGGCUGAGGUCGACGUCGAAGCCGCGCUCGCGCAUAUCGACGCUGCCAUAGAGAAGGAGAUUGAGGCUCGCGAGUUGCGCGAUGCCCUCGAGGAGACCACUCAGUCUCUCCGGGCGUCGACCCCGUCCGUCGCGAGCGGCCUCCAGUCCCGAGCUCGGACGCCCGUCGUCGAACGGCCAGCGAGUCCUGUUAGCGUCACCGGCCUAAGCCGCCCCGUAACGCCGCCGGCCGAUCCCCAGUCCCAGAGCUACGCCGAACAUCUGACGAAGCUGUCCGAGGAUGGUCGGUAUGCCGAGAUUCCUGCCGUCUUCGAGGCUAUGCUCGUCGCGAACAUCAAGCCUACCGCCGCCUCUUACAACGCCCUAUUGGUCGCCGCCAUCCACAUCCCCAUCGAGAAGAUUCAGGUGGUGUCGAAGGCCCUCGACGUCUACGCCGACAUGAUGCGCCGCAAGGUCUCGCCCGAUAGCGAUACGUACAACAUCCUCGUCAGCCUGCUGGCUGGCCGUUGUCUCGAGGUCUCUGCCCUGAAGAAGGGUCUGGAAGAGAAGCGUCUUCGGUUUGGUGGCAUGGACGAGCCUGGAAAAUUCAUGUUUGCGUCGAAUGAGCUAGAACACGCCAUUCUGUCGGAGGACGACCGGCUUGACCUCGCCGUCAAGCUGUUUGAGACCUCCGUCUUGAAGGGCAGGGCCAACUACUCGUCCGAGACGUAUCAUCAGCUCAUCUCUGCUUGCGCCGGGGCCGGCCGCGUCUCAGACAUGCUCCACAUGUUCGAGCACAUGGAAAUGAGCGGCGCCGUCCCCUUCGCGGCUACGUUCCCCUGCAUGAUCACUGCAUUUGCCAACACCGGCGACCUAGCCAGCGCCGUGGAGUGCUACAACGAGUACAAGGAGCUGGCGGUCGCCCACGACAAUGGCAAGUACACGCUGAACGACCGGCUCGACUCCGAGGUGUACGCUGCCGUCAUCAACGCCUACGUUACCAAUGACAAGCUGGAGGGCGCAAUGAAGUUCUACGAGAGGAUAGUAACGGCCUACGGGGCCCGUGCCUCCGAGAUUCGAGACGCCAUCAUCGCCGGAGGGUUUGUCAAGGGCUUCACUUCCCGCGGGAUCUAUCACGAAGCCCUCCGAUGGGCGCAGGUCAUCGAGAACAACGCUGGCCUCGCCACUAUGGCCGACCUUGCCACUGCCGCCGCCGAUUCGGGUGACCGUCACACCGCCGUCGCGGCCUUCUCCAACGUUUCCCCGGCGUUCCGGGGAAUCGCAACUCCGGCUAUGGCUUUGUUGGCCCUCAGCGUUCGGGACGGCGAUGUCCCCGCUGCCGGUAGAUAUUGGAGCGUACUGAGUAGCCCCGAAACAGCGGUCGACGCGUCAUUCAUCGAGCCCACGGCCAUGUACGCUGUCGCCAUGAUUGGCUCGGGGCAGGUUGCCGAGGGAUUGACCGAGUCCGAGCUGAUGUUCCAGCGGAUCCGCGCAGCCGAGGGCGAGGCCAAACCGCAUCUUGCCGACGAGAUAGACGAAGGGAUCGAAUUCGUCUCUCGUUUCAUGGCCGCACGCGCCAUUACCGAUCCCCGCGACGCAUCUUCCCAGGAGAGCUUCACCCACCAGACGCUCAACUCGUCCCCAUACCCGUCGACACCUACGGUUUCUAGCUACGAAGACAACUUCGAUCCUUACGCUCACAACACCGACUUCAAGGGCUCGUCUAUCAUUUCGGACGAGCUUGAGGGCGCACAUGGACGCAAGGGGCCCCGACUCAACGAAGCGCUGACACGCUUCCGUAACAUGCGACGUGCGGGACGCCACCCCCGGUACAUCACUUACGCCAAGAUGAUCUCCGCCGCAGCCCGGGACGGUAAGAUGGACCUCUGCCACGAGAUUCUAGCCAUGGCGCGGACCGACGUCCCCUUCCUCCCCCACUACUCCGCUGUCCGGUAUGGCUGGUCCUCGAUACUCGAUGCCAUGGUCGGUUCGUGCCUGACGCUCGGCGACCGCGUUCUGGCGGAGCAGUACCAUGUCGAACUCCUCGGGAUGGGUGCCGCCCCCUCGGCGAACACCUUCGGCCUCUACAUCACCACCCUCAAGGAAUCGACCAAGACUUUCGACGAGGCCUCCGAAGCCGUCAAGAUCUUCCACAGAGCGAAGGCUGAGGGCGUCGAGCCGUCGUCGUUCUUGUACAAUGCGCUGAUAGGAAAGCUUGGCAAGGCUCGACGGAUCGACGAUUGCCUCUUUUACUUUGCUGAAAUGCGGACUCUGGGCAUCAAGCCGACUAGUGUAACCUACGGAACUAUUGUCAAUGCGUUGUGUCGCGUUAGCGACGAGAAGUUCGCAGAGGAGCUCUUCGACGAGAUGGAGUCGAUGCCCAACUACAAGGCUCGCCCCGCCCCGUACAACAGCAUGAUGCAAUUCUUCCUCUCUACCAAGCGCGACAAGUCCAAGGUCCUCGCCUACUACGAGCGGAUGAAAUCCAAGGGAAUCUCUCCCACCGCCCAUACGUACAAGCUCCUCGUCGACACCCACGCCACCCUCGAGCCCGUCAACAUGACAGCUGCCGAAGCCGUUCUGGACAUGAUCCGCGCGGCGGGUCAACGUCCUGAAGCUGUGCAUUACGCCUCGCUAAUUCACGCCCGCGGGUGCGUUCUCCACGACAUGCCAGGCGCGAGGAAGGUAUUCGACUCCGUUAUGAGCGACCCAAGCAUCCCGCCCAACGCCUGCCUGUUCCAGGCCUUGUUCGAGGCCAUGGUCGCCAACCAUCACGUGGCCGACACCGAGGCGGUCCUGAGCACGAUGGGCCGGAGGAAAGUGGGGCUUACUCCCUACAUCGCCAACACCCUGAUCCACGGAUGGGCCGGGGAGAAGAACAUCGAAAAGGCCAACUCCAUCUACAACAGCGUCGGCCGCGAGAAGCGUGAGCCUAGCACGUACGAAGCUAUGACCCGUGCCUUCCUCGCCGUCGAGGACCGCGAGAAUGCCAAGGCGGUCGUUAGCGAGAUGCUCUCGCGAGGCUACCCCAGCGCCGUCGUCAACAAGGUCCUCGAGCUUCUCGGCGGUGGCAGUGGUGAAGAAGCCGUCGUCGUCUAAGAGAGCCUCUCGGGGACAGGACGAGGCUGGCUUUCGCAGUGGAUACCCUUUUUUU